GAUUUCGAGACCUGCCUUCGGACGUUGUGCGAGGUCAAGGAGCUUUGCUUGACAGCAAAUCCGCCUAUUCGUUUUGAUUCUGGUGCGCAACGUACCGCGGCAAACAUGAAGGCGGAUCAGAUUGAAACGUCUGAGGCGGUGAAGCGGAGUAUAGAUAAUGCGAUAGAGGUUAGUAGGCGAGAAGGCUCCGAGAGUGUUAGGACAGCAGCAGAAGCGGAAAAGCAGAGGGCUGAAGCAGCCGUCGUGGGAAAAAAAAGUGGAAAGGAAGGCCGCGAAGAACGAUGCUCAAGAGACUACAGCCGCGAAGAAGGGUGCUGAGACGCUUUCUGGCAUUGGCGGUGGUUCAAGGUACUCGAGUCUAUGCACGGCAUCUUACAUGAAGCUUAUUCCUAUUCAUUUCAUUUUUUGUGCAAGCAGUUCCGCAGCUGACCGUGUCAACUUAGAUGUUGGUCUGCCUGCUCAAGUACCUGGUGGUAUUCCAGGAAGAUACAAUGCGUCCAGCGGCACUCCAAUCAUUGACACGCCAUCGUCCAAAAGCUUUCUCCUUUCUCCGCGCCAUCACAGCGCCACAUGUGUUUCACCUCCGCGUAUCACAGACUCAACUAGCCCCAUUCAGUCACGGAAGCAACCACCGUCAUUCCUGCAGUCACGACCACCACGACAACUCUCGCCAAAUUUGUCAAAUCCAGAACAUCACAGGCGCGUUGGCCAACAACGGAAACCCGACGAAGUUAUUUCGAAAGUUCGCAAAUCGGAUGCAGAUAAAGUGGACUCCGAAGAGGAGUUUGAUCUACAUAAGGAAUAUAUAGACAUCCCAAACUAUGUCAGGUUCACAAGUCGUGGACCACAAGAUGACCAUCUGAAACGAAUCCCGACACAACAACCACCAAAACAACUAUCAUCCAUACCACUACCAUCCACACCAGCGAAACAUCCACGCAAGAGCAGUCGACCACCUCGUUACGUCGAUCCUGCACGCUACUCUGCUGCACAGUACACCCCCGUGCAGUACUCUCCUGCACAGCAUCCUCCUGCACAGCAUCCUCCUGCACAGUACCCUCCUGCACAGUACCCUCCUACACAGUCGGGUCGAAAGUAAAGUGUGGUUUGGGUUUCAGGUGUUCAUCCUCAUUGCUUUCAAUUUCGUGGCGCAAGUAGUAGAUACACAUUCAUUCUAGUCCCAUGUAGUUUUAUCUAAUUCCCGCUACCUUAGUAGUGGGUUCUUAGAGCGCCAGAUUUUCCGGGUUUCACGCCAAAAAUUAAGGUUCUGCACGCUGUGCUGUGGCCGUGAUUGCAAUCGGUCUUGAUUUUCCUUGCAAAUGCUGUUCUUCGCUCUGUAAUUUCAAACACCCCCAUUCCAU